AUGGACGACUCCGAGAAGCGCGUGCCGAAGCGCGACGUCGUCCUCGACAUCCCCGAGGGCGAGGGCGAGAUCCUCUGCAACGUCGAGUUCAAGCUCGCGUACGGCGGCAAGAUCCUCCUCAACACGACGCACUUCCACGUGCGCCGCGGCCGCAUCUACGGCCUCCUCGGCCACAACGGCUGCGGCAAGUCGACGCUCAUGCGCGCCAUCUCCAGCGGCCAGCUCGCGGGCUUCCCCGGCGCCGAGGAGCUCAUGAAGCUCCGCGCGUGCUUCGUCGACCACGACAUCGACGGCUCCGACGCGAACACGCCGACCAUCGACUUCUGCCUCCAGGAGCCCAUCCUCGCGCCGCUCGGCCGCGAGAAGAUCCACGACAAGCUCCUCGAGAUGGAGUUCACGGAGGAGCUCAUCGAGAAGCCCAUCUGCAACCUCUCGGGCGGCUGGAAGAUGAAGCUCGCCCUCGCGCGCGCCGUCCUCCUCAACGCGGACCUCCUCCUCCUCGACGAGCCGACGAACCACCUCGACGUGCAGAAGCAGGCGUGGCUCUGCGACUUCCUCACGGGCCCCGAGUGCGAGCACGUGACGACGCUCGUCGUCUCCCACGACUCCAAGUUCCUCAACAAGGUGCUCACGGACGUCAUCCACUACGAGAACAUGCGCCUCAAGCGCUACACGGGCAACCUCGACCAGUUCGUCGAGCAGUGCCCCAUGGCCAAGGCCUACUUCUCCAUCCACGACACGGAGAUGAAGUUCACCUUCCCCGUGCCCGGCCCGCUCGAGGGCGUCAAGUCCAAGACCAAGGCCAUCAUCCAGGCCAAGAACAUCUCCUUCACGUACCCCGGCGCGAAGAAGGCGACGCUCGUCGACGUGUCGUGCCAGCUCUCGCAGGCGUCGCGCGUCGCGUGCAUCGGCCCCAACGGCGCGGGCAAGUCCACGCUCAUCAAGGCGCUCGUCGGCGAGACGAAGCCCGACGCGGGCUCCCCGGAGAUCUACCGCCACCAGAACUGCCGCGUCGCCUACGUCGCGCAGCACGCGUUCCACCACAUCGAGCAGCACCUCGAGAUGUCGCCCGUCGAGUACAUCCAGUGGCGCUUCUCCGGCGGCCUCGACAAGGAGCAGCAGGCCAUGGAGGCCCGCCAGAUCAAGCACCUCGUCGGCCGCCGCACGCGCCACGGCGACUACGAGUACGAGGUCAAGUGGGCCAACAAGGACGGCACGUCCAUGGACGACAACAAGAACCUCUACGUGCCCAAGGUCGUCCUCGAGUCCAACGGCUUCUUCAAGCUCAUGAAGGCCAUCGACGACAAGAUCGCCGCCGAGGCCGGCAACGUCAAGCCGCUCACGACGAACUGCAUCCAGAAGCACCUCGACGACUUCGGCCUCCACGAGGAGUUCGGCACCUACGGCAAGAUGAAGAACCUCUCCGGCGGCCAGAAGGUCAAGUGCGUCAUCGGCGCGUCCAUGUGGUUCUGCCCCCACCUCGUCAUCCUCGACGAGCCGACGAACUACCUCGACCGCGACUCGCUCGGCGCGCUCUCGCGCGCGAUCAAGGACUUCGAGGGCGGCGUGCUCAUGAUCUCGCACAACGCCGAGUUCUUCGGCGACAUCGCGCCCGAGAUCUGGGAGAUCCCCGGCGACCAGAAGGUCCACAUCUCCGGCGCCGAGUGGAUGGAGGCCGUCCGCGCCCGCGAGCUCGCGGAGCCAAGAUGA